CGCUUUACAUUGAAACAUCGUAUUAUUUUAUUUUUUGUUUAAUAAUUACAAAUUGCAACUACAUAUUCGUUUAGUUUUUAGGUCACUAAAUUUCUCUGCAAUGACCCAAAACGAAUUGGUGAUGGACUUAACGUCAUUUUGUCGCGAAUUGCCCAAAGUUGAGUUGCAUGCUCACCUCGGUGGCUCCUUAAGCCAGUCCACUAUGCUGCAGUUGAAGAGGCUCUACGCGGACUCGGGCAUUCCUGACAAAACUAAUGCAUUCUUUGACGAAUUUCAAAUCGCCGCCGGAGAUACGCGUAGUUUGUCAGAUUGCUUCCAGGUCUUCAGCAUAGCACACUCGCUGACUAGCAUGCCUCAAGCACUGGCUUUAGCGACCUCACUGACAUUGGAAGAGUUCCAAAAUGAUGGGUGUGUGUACAUUGAACUUAGAAGCACUCCACGUGAGACACCUUAUAUGAGCAAGAAAGAGUACAUAGAUACUAUUGUACAAGCUAUCAGGAGGUCUUCAAUCAACUUAACAAUAAUUUCCAAGCUGAUCAUAUCCAUAGACCGCAGGAGCACUUCUCAAUCCGCAGAAGAAACAACAGACCUUGCCAUAGAGUUCUAUCAGAACUACCCGGAAGUGGUUGUGGGGAUAGAGCUCAGUGGUGACCCCACUGCUGGGCAAUUUAAGGACUUUGUGCCGGCCUUGACUAGGGCGCGAGAAGCUGGGAUGAAGAUAACACUCCACUGUGGAGAAAUCUGCAACCCCGCAGAGAUACUUGAAAUGCUGGCGUGGAAGCCGGACAGAAUAGGCCAUGGGACCAUGAUACACCCUCGGUUGGGAGGGACGACUGAGACCUGGGAAGCACUGUGCCAGCUGAAGAUUCCUGUAGAAAUUUGCUUGACUAGCAACGUGAAUACAAAGUUGAUAGCAAAUUAUGAAGCCCAUCAGUUCAAGGAAUGCUGCGAAGCGAUGGUACCUGUCAUAAUCUGUACCGACGACAAAGGUGUUUUUGCGACUUCACUCUCUCAGGAGUACCAGAUUUGUGCGGAGACCUUCGGCUUGGACCAGUCGCAGGUGGCCAGGCUGGCGCUUGAUGCGAGCCAACACAUUUUUGACGACGACGCGCGAAAACUUGUCACUGAUAAAAUUUUGAAUUUUAUAGAAUGUAAAGAACUGUGAGUUUUGUUCUACUGUCGGUACAAGUAAUAAAUGUUAAUUUUUUUAUAUUUCCAAAA